AACGUCCAAUAACAACAUUCGAAAGUCCCCACCGGGAUAAAAAAAACACCAAGCCAUUCCCCUUCAAAUCUUUCCUUUCAAAACCUGCCAAAACAUCGUCCAAACCUCUCGCCGAUGGACUUCGACACCUGCCGGCUCGUUGCGGAGAGCUGGGCGGACUCCGCCGACUGUCCCUUCCGCCUGCUUUUCGCAGACGAGGCGGAGAAGACGCUGUUUUUCUCGGCUCCCCGGAACGAGUCGGUCUCGUUCUACGUGGUUUGUCCCGAUUGUGAGGCUGAAAACAAAUGGCACGUCUGGAGUGACUCGGAUACGUCCCUCCCCUGCCUGGCUGAUGUACAAGACUUCGCCCAGUCCUGUCAGCAGAAGUCUCUGGUGGAUGUGCUCAACAGGACUUCCAAAGCUCUCAAACCUCUCCUAGGUGGUCCAGUUGAUGAUAAUGAAGAUGAAGGACUAGAGGAUGAUGAAGAUGAUGUUGAGGAUGAUGAAGAUGAUGAUGAUGAUGAUGACCAGGAGUACUACACCAUGGACGACCCAGAUGCUGCUCCUGAAACAGCUCCCACCUCCUGUAACACCUGUGCAGCACAGAAUGGCGAGGAAGAAGAAGAAGAUGGUGUUGAGGAGAGCAGUUACAAGACAAGUGGUGCCAGUUCAGUAGCCAUCCACAGACUCAUCAUGGAUCUGAAGAACAUGAAGAAAACAAAAGGCAAGUUUGGAGUGGAGGGUGUUCCUAGAGGGGAUAACCUGUUUCUAUGGGAUGUGAAGCUGACCAAUAUUGACCCAAAAUGUCCGCUAGGAAAAGACUUACAACAGUAUGCAAAACAGCACCAAGAAGAGCCCGUGAUAAAAAUGGAGAUGAAGUUCCCGCCGGACUACCCCAUGGCGCCCCCCUUCGUCAGAGUGCUGAAGCCCAGGUUCAAGUUCCUGACAGGUCAUGUGACCAUCGGGGGCAGCAUCUGCAUGGAGAUGUUAACCAGGUCAGGGUGGCGGCCAACCAAUGACAUUGAGAGUAUACUGGUACAGAUUCGGGCAGAGAUUCUAUCCGACAACAAUGCCAGACUAGACAAGAACCCCAACUGGGAGUACACAGAGAGCGAGGCCAAGACAGCAUUCCAUAGGAUGGUCAACAGAUACGGGUGGGAAUAACCACCUUACAAGCAAGACAUUCCCGUAAAUGUUUAAGGAUCUAUGUGUAGUGGUAGGAUUAUUAAAGUAGAGAUAUUUGAUGAUGAAGUAAACAUAUUCUAGCCUGAGUGCCAUUCCCUGUAGUGACCAUGGUUAGCAAGCGAAAGGAUUGAGCCAGUGGUCACUAGGGGGGAUAGUACUCAUAUAUAACUAAACAUAUUUGUUGUUUAAAGAGGGGAAAAUGAAUUUUAUUUUGUUGCACAGUACAGUAAAUACGCAGAUGGUAUCACUGUAAGAAAAUCUUAUUUGGCAUAGGAAACUACCGGGUACAUGUAGGUCGACGGCAUGUGCUUCUUUAGGUUGAUUAAAUCAGGCUAUUAGGAUUAGCACUGGUUCUCUAGGCACUUGGUGGUAAGUACCUGUUAGUCGUGGGAAUCAGGCACUCCGUAUGCAACCAAUGAUAUCAACUGACAUUUCACAAUUCCAGAGUUUGAGCUUAUGGUUUCUCUCUCUAUCUCUCUCUAUCUAUUUUUAUAUCAUGGCGAGGGAGGAUACUUCCAGGAACACACCAUUACAUGCCCAGGAUGGGUCUUGCCAUAUUUCGUGACAUUGUACAUGUAUAACAAGCAGCUGGUGUAUAAGACUAAGGAGGUUAGCCUCCAUGGUGAAAAGAAAAGUUUUUGUAGCAUUAAGACUAAACUGCAGUUCCAACAUGUGUAGAUAGAUGUCACUGUUGAAGCUGUGCAACCAUUCCACCUGUAUUAGAGCCUACAAGCAUAUUUAGACUCUUUAGACUUUAGAUUCCUAUAACCUCUGCAGUUGGUGACAACUUUGUGGCAAUUUCUGUGUCAUUACAGCAAAAUCUAUCUUGUUUUC